UCGUAUUCCACCAUCUGGCAACGCUGCUGGGAAAUUCUUUAGUUUAGUUUCCCCCGAUUUCGGCCGCCCACCGCCCACUGCCACCCCCCUAAUUCGCCGGAAAAGCGGAAAACCGGAGGAGAUGGCCCUGCCCUCGAUCUCGACGCUGCUGGGCGUGGCCUUCCUGGCCUACAUCAGCCACUCGAUCUACCAGAUGUCGCAGCUCUUCACCACGCUGCAGUGCAGCGGUACUCCCUGCUACCAAUCCUUCCUGGCCGACCGGCCGCGCCUCCAGCUGGCGCUCUUCUCCUCCCUCAGCCGCAGCCCGAUUGCCUCCGAGGUGCGGGAUCUCUACAAGGCCAAGAGCUUCGACUACCACCAGGGCUUCGAGCACGACUUCCAGUUGGAUGUGCCGCUCAAGACGCGGCGCAAUGGCUCGCUGUACUUCCAUGUGGUGGUGGCCCUGGAGGGCGAGCCUUUGGAGUGGCGCAGCCUGCGCCGCGAUGGACCCACCGUUGUGCACACAAUGAGUCUCACGGACUACAUGGUUCCGCGGGCGGAGGCGUUUAAUCUCCUCGGGGAUUCGGAUAAAGGAGCUGCUGCAGCUGCUCCUGCUGUCCAGAAGAAGGGAGGAGCCCCCUCGGGACGUCCCAGCACCCACAUCCGCUCGAAUAUCUACGUAACCCUGCUCACCGAUCUCUUUUCCGUCUCGCAAGCGGAUGUUCCGCCGGAAAUGGCGCCACUGAUCCGGGUCAACCGCAUGCAGCAGAUCCUGCCCAUCCUGCAGACGGACACCUUCAACACGCGGCUCAAGGACCUCGUCCAGGUGACCCGCAACACCACCGAGUUCACCUUCAGCUUCCACUACAAACCGGUCGGCGUGGGCAAGCUGCGGCUGAUGCUGCUCAUGGAGCACGCCACCCAGGCGCUGCUCACCAUUGGCUUCGCCACCAAGGACAUUGACGAGGUGAAGGGCAUCUUCUCGGACACCAAUGUCUACCUGCUGUGCGGCACCAUCUUCGUCUCGAGUAUCCAUAUGCUCUUCGACUUCCUGAGCUUCAAGAAUGACGUGGCCUUCUGGCGGCGCAAGCAGUCGUACGAGGGCCUCUCCAGCCGCACCACCAUGUGGCGGGCCUUCUCGCAGAUCGUCAUCUUCCUGUACCUCCUCGACGAGAACACCUCGUAUCUGGUGCUAGUGCCCGUGGGCCUGGGCGCGCUGAUUGAGCUGUGGAAGUGCAAGAAGAUCCUGCGCCUGGAGCUCAGCUUCAGUGGGAUGAUUCGUCGCAAGUUGGAGCAGGCGGAUCGCCGGCAGACGGCGGCGGAGGAGGAGGAGCAGAAGACGGAUCAGUUCGAUCGGCAGGGCAUGCGGUAUCUUAGCUAUCUCCUGUAUCCACUUUGCCUGGGCGGAGCGGUCUACUCGCUGCUGUAUCAACCGCAUCGAUCCUGGUACUCGUGGACCCUCAACUCGCUGGUCAAUGGCGUCUACGCCUUUGGGUUCCUCUUCAUGCUGCCGCAGCUGUUUGUUAACUACAAACUCAAAUCGGUGGCCGCGCUGCCUUGGCGCGCCUUCAUGUACAAGGCAUUUAAUACGUUCAUCGACGACUUCUUCGCCUUCAUCAUCACCAUGCCGACGGCCCAUCGGGUGGCCUGUCUGCGCGACGACAUUGUGUUUAUUAUUUACCUGUACCAGCGGUGGCUUUACCCAGUGGAUAAGAGUCGUCUGGAUACGGGGAUGGCCAUUGGCGAGGCCCCGGAGAGCUCUUCCAGCUCCUCCAACUCCACGGCGGCCACGCGCAAGAAGCGCAAUUGAUUUUGAGCAAUGCAAUAUUGCACAUUCCAUUCAAUCCGACUCCGUCUUUAGUUCAGUAGUGAUAUUAACCCCAUGUCGUAGACUUAAAUGGUUACCCAAUAGCCGAAAUAUAGUGGAACCCAGCCGACAAAUGCAUUUUAUAGGAUUUUAAAACUAUAGUCUCCUAUUUAAACAGUGUAAAUUAGAAAACUACUUGUAAAGACUGGUUAAUUGGUCAAUUUAAAGUACUAACCCUGUAUCCCAACGUAGAUGAAAGCGAGUUCUAGCAACCGAAUCAGUUAACAGCAAGAAAAGAAGCAGAAAAUCACAUUUUAU